AUGGCGGCCUCCUCCGCGCGCUGCAUGUACGGCUUCGGGGACGACCAGAACCCCUACACCGAGUCCGUGGAUAUCCUCGAGGAUCUCGUGAUCGAGUUCAUCACGGAGAUGACGCACAAGGCCAUGUCCAUCGGGCGGCAGGGCCGUGUGCAGGUCGAGGACAUCGUCUUCCUCAUCCGCAAGGAUCCCCGCAAGUUUGCCAGAGUUAAGGACCUGCUGACUAUGAACGAAGAACUGAAACGAGCCAGGAAGGCCUUUGAUGAAGCAAACUACGGGUCUUGA